AUGAAAACCCUCUACAAAAACGGCCACUUGAUCACCCCCCAAUCCCCCAACCCAACAUGCAUGGUCACGGAAAACGACCGCAUAAUCUACCUUGGCGAGGAAUCCACCGCAAGGACCCUCCACCCAGACAGCAAGAUCCAUGAUCUGGAGGGUCGCAAAGUCCUCCCCGGCUUUAUUGAUGGACACAUGCACCUCCUCCUCUUUGGCGCCAGCCUCUCCAAAAUCAACCUGGGAAACUGCACCUCCCUAUCCGACAUCCGCACCACCAUCAAAGCCGCAGCAACCGCAAAUCCAACCGCCCCCCGUCUCUUCUGCCGCGGCUGGAUGCACUCCAUGACCAACGGCGAAGCCCUAGCCUCCAUGCUCGACGACCUCGACCCACGUCCCAUCUUCAUCGACUCCAAAGACCUCCACUCCGCAUGGUGCAACACCGCCGCCCUAACGGAACUCAACGUCCACAACACCCCCGACCCAGCCGGCGGGGUCAUCCACCGCGACGAGACCGGGAAACCAACCGGCCUCCUCAGCGAAGCAGCAGCCGUGAACAUCGUCUGGCCGCACGUCGCGAAGGUAGCCACCCUCGAAGAGAAACUGGGGUUCGUUCGCGCCGGGAUCAGGGAGUAUACAAAGGCCGGGUAUACGGGUGUCGUGGAGAUGGCUACGGAUGAGAAUCUAUGGAAUACUCUUCUUGCCCUCCGGGAACGGGAGGAAGCCAAUAUCCGGGUCGCGGCGCAUUGGAUUAUUUCCCCGAAGGAAGAUGAAGAGGAGGUCUUGAGACAGGUUGAUCGAGCGAUUGAAUUACAUGGAAAGUACAACGUGACAACCAGUCCCGAUUUGCGGAUCGCAGGUAUUAAGGUUAUUUGCGAUGGUGUUGUGGAUGCCUGCACGGCUGCUCUGACGGAACCCUAUGCUUCGAACGGGGAUAAUUGCGCCCCGCUUUGGGGUGCUGAUAUACUGAAAAAGGUAGUUAGGAAGGCGGACCAAGCGGGUCUCCAAUGCGCAUUACAUGCUAUCGGCGACGCGACGGUGAAACUUGCCAUCGACGCCCUUGAAAGCGAAGGCACACCUGGAUCCCGUCAUCGCAUCGAACAUCUCGAGCUCACUGCCCCCCACGACGCAAAGAGACUCGGUGCCUUGGGCAUCACGGCCUCCGUGCAGCCUGUGCAUGCCGAUCCGGCUAUCCUGCGCGCGUGGCCCCGGUUACUUGGGAAGGAGAGGUGUGGUCGGGCCUUUGCGUAUAGGGAGUUUCUGGACCACGGGGCGAAUCUGGCGAUUGGGACGGAUUCGCCCACGGCGCCGCAUCUGCCAUUGAGGAAUUUGUAUACGGCUACUACGAGAAGGUCGGCGAGGGAGCCGGAGUCUGUGGAGACGGUUAAUGAGGGUUUUAGGUUGGGGUUGUUGGAGGCGGUUGUGGCUGCUACGGGGGGGUCGGCGUAUAGUUGCUUUGCGGAUGGGUUUACGGGGCGGUUGGAGGUGGGGAUGAAGGCGGAUUUUGUGGUGGUGGAUAUGGUUUGGGAGGAGGAGAGAUUGUUGGAGGCGGAGGUUUGGGAGACGUGGUUUGAUGGGAGGAGGGUUUGGGGGAGGGAGUAG